AUGAAUUCAGGACUUCAAAAACUUGCCCAAACUGUAGAUUUGAAUUCAAAAAAUUAUGAUUACGGCAUCCUUCUUCUCGACGAGGGAGCAUUUAUCCAUUAUCACUUUGUUUCCGGCACAAUGCAAUCACGUUUAUCAGAAGUGCUUUUCACAUUUAGGAUACUGACGAAACUAUCCAAGAAAGUCAUUGUAAUGCAGUAUCGACUACCAGAUCCAAUGAUCGAUUUUUACUGCCGCUUAAUGAACGUUGAUCCAAGAGAUCGUAACAUGGUGACAAAGAGAAAAUACAACAGGCCAACGGUGUUGCAGCCGUUAUCAACUGUCAUUUCAACUACUGAAUACCAGUCAUCAAAAUUAUGCUGUAUCUGUGACGAACCAAUCGUCCAUUCAAAAAAGAGCAAUGGAAAGGUCAACUUUGGUGCAGUCUUGUGUGCCAAUCCUGACUACAUUGGUCGUCAACAUUUAUAUGCUAUAAGAAGCCGAGAUACCAAUGCAGGAGUGGAUAUUCUGAAAACUGGAUUAUACAAGAUGAUUAAAAACGAUGACCACCCUUCGUUCUCAAGAAAAAUGAAAGAAGAUGCUAUAAAAAAAUUAUUUCAUGGUUCGACACAGUUUGGAAAGUUGAUGUCGAGCUUUCUCUCAGUGUAG